GCUUGGGAGAGUUGGGCCACAGGGAGAGUUGAGCCACCCCUAAUAUCAUUGUCAUAGCUCGUUGUUUGAGACAGGUGCUGCCAUCUAUUUGAAGCACUAAGCAUUAUCUUUCUAUUGAUAUAAGGGACUUGAAUUUCCAGGCUCUUGUCCAUAUAUUGUGGACAAAAAUACAUUUUUCGCACAAAAGACACAAUUUUUACUCCAAGGUAAGCAUUUUUAUAUCUCUUAAACAGUAUAUAGAACACUGUUCUAGUGUAUUCUGCGUGAUAGCUGUGACAGUCUUCUUCCAUCAAGGCAGUUUUGAAAUCCAUGUGAUCACCGCCCAAGAUAAAAAUUUGGUUGAAAUUAAAAAUGGUGAGACUUGGGAGAGUUGGGACAGUCCAGGGUGGGAGGGUUGGGCAAUGGCCCAACUCUCCCCGCAUGGUGUCCCAACUCUCCCAUUAUUUACAUUUGAUGAAUAAUCCUUUCUCUAAAGCUUAUUAAUUUGACUACAUGCUGUUAAGGAUUAUUAUUAACAGAUAGUGUGUGGGAGAAUUAUUGUGGGCCUAGAUCAAAGUACUGCAUAUUAUACUGAAAUGUUUCUUCAAGUUUGCUUUAGUGAUGUCAGUAUUUUUUUUCAGAUGCCACGAAAAUAUAAAAGAAUAUCCAAUAGAGGGGCACCAGAGGACGUUCUACAUAGAGCAAGUGAACAAGUAAAGGGAGGAAGUAGCAUCCGUGCAGCUGCUAAUGACUUUAAUAUUGCAAGAAUGACCCUCACGAGAUACAUGGAUAAGUGUAAUGCACAAACUGGACAGCAUGAUGAACGAAAUGAAGCUUUUGGCUAUGAAAAAUGUCGACUGACAAACAUGAUUUUUUCUGCAGUGAUGGAAGAUGACUUGGCGACACAUAUCAAGACUUUAGCGGAACAAUUUCACGGACUUAGUAGGAAUAAAUGUCGCUCACUGAUUUUUGAAUAUGCUAUGAGAAACAAUGUGACGGUGCCUAAUUCGUGGAAAGAAAAUGGAAUGACUGGUGAACACUUUUGGAUAUCAUUUAAAGAAAGAAAUCAUCUUGCAAUCCGAACACCAGAGGCAACAUCUCUCGCCAGGGCAAGUGCCUUCAAUCGUUAUAACGUUGGCAAAUUUUAUGAUAACCUCGGACAAGUUAUGGACCUGCACAAAUUUGAAUGUCAUGAUAUCUACAACUGCGACGAGACGGGGUGUACUACAGUUUCGCCGCCUGAAAACAUUGUGGCUAAACAAGGAGUUAAACAAGUGGGGUCAAUCACCUCUGCAGAAAAGGGGCAACUUGUCACCGCCGUGUACACCAUUAACGCGGCAGGUAGCGUCGUUCCACCAAUGCUUAUUUUCCCACGGAAAAACGUCCGAGAUUAUUUCACCAAAAAUGGUCCCCCCGGGUGUAUUGGAGGUGCAAAUCCAAGUGGAUGGAUCAAUGAAGAGCUAUUCUUGGGUUAUCUGAAACAUUUCAUACGCCAUACAAGAUGCAGCAAGGAGAAGAAAGUUUUGCUGAUCUUAGAUAAUCACGAGACUCAUAUCUCUCUUGCAGUCAUCGACUUGGCUAAAGAAAAUGGUGUAAUAUUAUUAACAAUACCACCACACACUAGUCACAAGUUACAACCUCUGGAUGUGAGCUGUUUUAAACCUUUCAAGACGGCAUAUGCUCGAGCUGUUGAAAAUUGGAUGCGUUCAAAUCCAGGAAAAACAAUUACGAUCUAUGAAAUCCCUGAAUUCACUUCUCAUGCUCAGUUGCAUGGUCUUACUGCCAAAAACAUUAUUUCUGCGUUUCAAAGUACAGGAAUUUACCCCUACAACCGGGAUGUGUUCAGUGAAACCGACUUUGCGCCAGCCACAAUAACUAAUAGAGAUCUUCCAGAGGAAUUAGAGGGAAAUGUUGAACUGCUAGUUCCUUCUGAACAAACCACUGAAACCCCCAAGGCAGGUUCAAGUACUACAGAACCACCAGCUGUCCAGCCAGGUCCACGUACUACAGAACCACUAGUUGUCCAGCCAGGUCCAACUACUACAGAACCACCAGCUGUCCAGCCAGGUUCAAGUACUACAGAACCACCAGCUGUCCAGCCAGGUUCAAGUACUACAGAACCACCAGCUGUCCAGCCAGGUUCAAGUACUACAGAACCACCAGCUGUCCAGCCAGGUCCACGUACUACAGAACCACUAGUUGUCCAGCCAGGUCCAACUACUACAGAACCACCAGCUGUCCAGCCAGGUUCAAGUACUACAGAACCACCAGCUGUCCAGCCAGGUUCAAGUACUACAGAACCACCAGCUAUCCAGCCAGGUCCACGUACUACAGAACCACCAGCUGUCCAGCCAGGUCCACGUACUACAGAACCACCAGCUGUCCAGCCAGGUCCAAGUACUACAGAACCACCAGCUGUCCAGCCAGGUCCACAUACUACAGAACCACCAGCUGCCCAGCCAGGUCCACGUACUACAGAACCACCAGCUGUCCAGCCAGGUCCAAGUACUACAGAACCACCAGCUGUCCAGCCAGGUCCACAUACUACAGAACCACCAGCUGCCCAGCCAGGUCCACGUACUACAGAACCACUAGUUGUCCAGCCAGGUCCAAGUACUACAGAACCACCAGCUGCCAAACCAGGUCCAAGUUCCCUAGGAACACCAGCUUCCCAACCAGGGCCAAGUAACACUUAUGUAUCACCUGCUGAUAUUGUUCCACUGCCAAAAGCUGGGCCACGAAAAGUCACCAACAGAGGUCGCAAAAGAGGGGAUACAAAAAUUUUAACCAAUACCCCAGUACGCAAUAGUAUAGCUGAGGCACUAGCUGCCAGUCAAACUAACAAACGGAAGGCCAAACAACCAGUCAAACCCAAAGCAAGAAAGAAGUUGUUUAAAAGUAAAGCAAAAAAAUGCCAAACUCCAUCAACUUCAUCAGAGGAAAGUGGUUCUGAUGAUGUGAAAUUCACAGAAAGUGGUGAUAGCGAUGUUGAUGACCUAGAUUGUGAAAUUAUUGAAGGUGAUUUUGCAGUUGUAAAAUUUGAGUCUGCCAAAUCACGUAUUGUGCAUUAUAUAGCACGGAUUGAUGUCAUUGAUGGGAAUGUGUGUGAAGGGGUUUUCCUUAAACGAGAAUUCAGUCGUCAGCAGACGACACCUACAUUUUGCAUCAACAACAAUGAUAAUGCAUCAUUUCCUAAGAAUGACAUCAUCAAGAAGCUUCCUGCGCCUAAACAGCUUGGUGGCACAGCUCGUCGAGCAGGAAAAUUUUCAUUUCCUUGUGACUUCACACUAUGGGAUUUCCACUCAUCCCUUUAUUAAAACAUCAAUAAACCUACCACCACUUUCUGUGAAUUUCACAUCAUCAGUAUUAUUUUUCUCCGAUUGUUACACUGAAAGUACUUUUCUAACCAAGCUAUCAGUGACAUCAUUAAAACAUUAUUGAACUUGAAUAUUUUACCGAUUUAAGUUGAUUCGUCCUAGUGGAGUGCUACUGGACCAAUUGUACCUACUCGUAGUCAUGGGAUUGACUAUGAUUCUCAAUAUUGUUUUUAAGCUUCUGUUUGGGAUCUGAACGAUACUUUUCUAGUUACAUGCUGUUUAAAGGGUCAUUUUAUAAGUUUGGAAAUAAAUUGAGACCAUUUUCCUUCACUGGAUAGUUGUUUUAUUCUGUACAUUUUCUGUCCCAAGUCUCCCUUUUGUGGCCCAACUCUCCUUGAACAUGGCCCAACUCUCACCACCCCCAGGGAGAGUUGGGCCAAAAUGACACCUUUUGAAAAUCACCUUCACCUUCUACAGGUUGGCCUGCAUACGGAACCAGCUAGUACAUAUAUGUAUUUUAAUAUCUGUACAUGUCAUAAUCACAUUAAGCAAUUAUCGGCCAUGAAUAGGAAGAUUGCAAUAUGUUAAAAUGUGAAAAGUGGCCCAA